AUGGCAAGCUUUGGGUCAAGGUCAUUCUCAGCACUGUGGGCAAGCAUGCCACCAGGCCCCCAUCUUCUGUGGCUUCAGCGAUCGCUGUGGAGCACGACAGCUGCGGUGUGCACCAGCCAGCCCUGCGGAGUUGUUGUGAUGCAGAGAGCUGCAACCAUGGGCCCAUCAAAACAGCCAAACGCUGCUGCCCGCUCAGGCCUGCAGGACCAACUUUCAGCCUAUAGACAGAACCUGUGCAAAUCUCGCAGUUGUGGAUCUCUGGAUGUAAUGCAGUCAAGAUUCGACCCAUUUACCAACAGAGCUGGAAGUUCGUUCCACUCCUCUGGCUGUAGGGGCAUCACGAACGCUGUGGAAUUUCUAGAUUCCCUUACAAACUAUGAACACACAGGUGUUCCAGCUGAUGCAGGAACAGGAGGGUCUGAUGGCUUUCCACUGGACCGGGUGAGGGCCCUUUUGUCUCGAAUGGGUGACCCACAUCUCAAAUUGAAAUUUGUGCACAUUACGGGCAGCAAAGGGAAAGGGACUGUGGCCCAUUUUAUUGCUUCAGUGCUGAAGGAAUCUGGGCUGGCAGUGGGGUUGUACACAAGCCCCCAUGUGGUGUCUGUUGAGGAGAGGAUCUGCAUGGAUGGGGAAGCCAUCAAGGCAAACGAGCUCAACGACCUGGUUGCACAGAACAGAUCUGCCAUUGAGGCUUGCCAGGCCUCAGAGAAGGGUCGACUCACGUACUUCGAGGUGCUUACUGCACUGGCUUUCAAGCACUUUGUCGAUCGUCAGGCUGACAUCGUUGUCACGGAGGUGGGCUUGGGAGGCACCACCGAUGCCACCAAUGUGAUUGAGGCCAAUGGGCUGGUGGCAGCUGUCUUAACCCCCAUUGACAGUGAACAUCUGCAGGCUCUGGGUGGCACCAUCGAGUCUGUAGCUGGGGCAAAGGCAGGCAUAAUGAAAGCUGGCCGCCCAGCUGUGCUUGCAGAGCAGCCAAAUCCAGAUGUGUUGCGAGUUCUGGAGGCAAGGGCUGCAGAACUGGGAUGCAAGAUCACUCAUGCAAAGAGGGAUGUGGCUGUCAGGCGCACGCCACCCUCUUCUUCCCACAGCACAUCACCGUCCAUUGACGUUGAUUUCAAUGGUGUGAAGGUCGCCAAUGUUGCCCUUCGCAUGAAGGGCGCCCAUCAGGACUCCAACGUUGCAACUGCAUUAUGUGCAGUGGAUGAAGUUUGGCAAUUUCUGCAAGGUGGAGGAUCUGUAUCUUUGGACGAUCAUGUGUUGAAGGAUGCCACAAGGAAGGGACUGGAGGCAGUGCAGCUGCCAGGACGGUUCCAGGUGGUUCAAGAUCACCAAGAUCUCGAAGCCCCCUGGGUGGUCCUUGAUGGUGCACACACAGCAGCAUCUGCAGCAGCCCUUGUUCACACGCUGCGAUCGGAGUUCCCCAGCCAGCCGCUUGGCUUGAUCGUGGCCAUGGCUGCAGAAAAAGAUCAUGUAGGGGUCAUCCGGCACCUGGUGCAGUUGCAGCCAGAUAUUGUGGUCUUCACAGCUGCACCCAUCGGAGGCAGUUACGAGAGAUCGGCUCCACCAGGCACCCUCGCGGGCACCUGGGACAUUGCGGAGGGUGGCGUGUCGGGGCGCAGGAAGCGGAAGAGGAAGAUGGUGCAGAACAGCGUUGGCAGCGCCCUGGCGAAGGCUCGGCACGAGCUGUGGGUCCGUAACGCGGUCAUCUGCGUCACUGGUUCGUUUUACGCCGUUUCAGAAGCGAUCAAGGUGCUGGAGACGUUGCCGGGCUGA